AUGGGAGUUCUCAUCGAGCUUCUCCUGCACGUCGGACGGACGAUUCGAAAGUGCCACUACCGAGAACAAAGGGCAUUCCAGAACACGGCCCUCCACUUGCUGGGGUGCAGCCCAUUCUACCAUUUCAGUGCAUCUCACGUGGUGGUUUCUCUUGUCGAGAAGUAUCCAAGCUAUAUGAUUAUUAAUCUGGAUAAGCUGGACUACUGUGCGAGUUUAAAGAACCUUGAGACAAUUUCUGGGAAACCAAACUACAAAUUUAUCCAGGGGGAUGUCUGUGACCCCAAGUUUAUCAAAAAGUUGUUUGAGACUGAGAAAAUUGAUAUAGUAUUACAUUUUGCAGCACAGACCCAUGUAGAUCUUUCGUUCUGGCACAAACUUGAAUUUCGCUAUGUGAACGUUUAUGGAACUUGUGUUCUGGUUGGGGCGGCUUACGAGGCCAAUGUGGAGAAGUUUGUAUAUGUCAGCACGGAUGAAGUUUACGGUGGAAGCUGCGAUAAGGAAUUUGACGAGUCAUCGCCCAAACAGCCCACAAACCCUUAUGCAACAUCGAAGGCAGCAGCUGAACGCUUUGUCCAGUCUUACUGGGAAAGAUACCAGUUUCCCGUCGUUAUAACACGGAGCAGCAACGUUUAUGGACCCCACCAGUUUCCUGAAAAAGUUAUUCCAAAGUUUAUUUCCCUCUUGCAACAGAACAGAAAAUGUUGCAUUCACGGUUCAGGACUGCAGAGGAGAAACUUCCUGUAUGCCAGUGAUGUCGCAGAAGCAUUUCUUACCGUCAUGAAGAAAGGGCGGCCUGGUGAAAUCUAUAACAUCGGGACCAGUUUUGAGCUGUCUAUUACCCAGCUUGCCAAGGAGUUAAUCCAUCUGAUAAAGAAUACCAGCUCAGAGUCUGAGACAGAACAUUGGAUGGAUUAUGUUAAAGACAGACCUACAAAUGACUUGGGAUAUCCGAUGAACUCUGGGAAAAUGCACGGCUUGGGCUGGAGACCUAAAGUGCCGUGGAAUGAAGGAAUAAAGAAAACAAUUGAAUGGUAUCAAGAGAACUUCCAUAACUGGAAGAAUGCAGAGAAAGCUCUGGAACCGUAUCCUGUUGUGGAAGAAUCGGGAUGACUUCCUGUGCUGCUCAGUUUGAAGGAACAAAAUGAAGGAAACCGUUCUACCUCCCGAGACCCCACAGUGUUAUUAGAGGGGGAAAAUAACUCUACCGAAGGGGCAAAAGUGAAGAUGCCGUGUCUUCAAGAAAGAUGAAAUAUCAAGCAUCAACGCUACCAAGAAGGAAAAUUGAAAGGAAUUUGGGAAAUCUUGCUAUCUUUAGGGACCAUCUUAAUUCUAGAGCCGUCCAAUGCAAUACUGAAGCUUUAAAGUAUUUUUUAGUAAAAACCUGGAAUUAAAGCCAUAUUUGUUAAUUGUACAUUUCAGGACAACUAUUUUGUAUUAAAUGCAUUGUUAAUUUUCAA